AUGACGCCGCAGCUGGAGCUGUGUGCCGAUGAGGUGCGGCCGCUGCUGGGGGAGAACACCGACUUCACGGUCGUCGGCGUGCUCGGCUGCCAGGGCGUGGGCAAGUCGACCAUCAUGUCGCUGCUGGCCGGCGCGGGGUGGCGGGGUGGCGGCAGCGACGCCGCAGCCGACACCGCGGCGGACUCGAUGGCGGGAGGCGGCGCCGAGCUCGCCAACCCGCCCUUCCCACCCAACCCGCCCGAGGCGUGGGCGCGCGGCGCGCACGGCACGAGCGGCGUCGACGUGCAGGUGACCGCCGAGCGGCUCAUCCUCCUCGACACGCAGCCGCUCCUCUCUGCGUCGCUGCUGCUCUCUAUGACCGGCUCACCGGUGCCUCCGAGCGUGCACUCGCACGAGAACCUGCUCGAGGUGCAGGCGCUGCAGCUGUGCGCGCUCCUCCUCUCCGUCUGCCACGUCGUCCUCCUCGUGCAGGACGCGGCCGCCGACGAGGGUCUCUGGAGUUCGGCAGCGGCCGGGAUGCCGUCGGCGUCGGAGCCGCCGCUCGUGUUCGCGCUGCCUUGCGCCAGCGAGCGAGCGCCCACCUCGUCGCACGCCGGCUACCGCCACGAGGCCGAGCAGCUGAGAGACGCCGUCCUCGGCCUGCCCCGCCGCCCGUUUGCGAGGUCCCUUUCCGAGCGCGACUGGCUGCGUGGCGUGGUCAAGCUUUGGGAGCUCGUCCGCCGCUCGCCCACGCUCGACGAGUACAACCGUGCGACGCACAAGCUCCACCAGUGGGCGUGA